CUGGAUUGCCCAGCUGCAGGUGUAAUUCAUUAAACUAAUUACAGCGCAGAAAAACUAAACUUGUGUACAGUGCAAAUGUAAGCAGAAACUAAUACAAAAUAAGAAAUUUAACUUUAAUGGAAGCGGAAAUGUUUCAGCAACAGAUCUGUGCCAUGUUUGAAGUGCCACACCACCUGCUCCUGCUGCGCUCUGCCCCCAGCAUGCCACAUCUGCAGAUUUUAUUCAGCACACGUCCAUCCCCUGCAACCGUUCAAGCCUUUUUUUGAAAUCAGCAAGACUUUGCAUGUUGGAUUCCAGUUGAGGGACUUUAAAGUGUGUCCUAUGGGAGAGAAGGGAAAUUGCAACCCAGAAUGCAAAACUACCUCACUCUGCUGUCUCAGCACUUGACCAGUAGAAGCUCCAUGUUUUUGGACUGGUGAAAAAUGAAAGCUCCCAUUCCUCUUCUGAUCCUGCUUCAUGCCGUCGUGGUCCAUGGCCUGAAAGUGGUGUCGAAGAGAGGCUCAGUGGAAGGCUGCACGGAUUGGUCAGUGGACUACCUGAAAUAUAAGGUGCUUCUGGGGGAACCUGUACGGAUUAAAUGCGCUUUAUUCUAUGGAUAUAUUCGGGCCAACUACACCCAUGCGCAGAGCGCAGGACUUAGCCUUAUGUGGUACAAGAGUGCAGGACAUGGGGACUUUGAGGAACCCAUCAGUUUUGACGGUACAAGGAUGAGCAAGGAGGAGGACGCCAUAUGGUUUCGACCAGCAGAGUUGGACGACGUGGGGUACUAUUCCUGCGUAUUAAGGAACUCCACAUACUGCAUGAAGGUGUCCAUGUCUCUCACGGUGGCAGAGAAUGACACAGACCUCUGCUACAACUCCAAAAUGAGGUUCUUUGAGAAGGCAGAACUAAGUAAAAGCAAAGACAUCACGUGCCCGGGCAUUGAGGAUUAUCUACAGCCAGGAGUGGAGCCUGAGAUUGUGUGGUACAAGGAAUGCAAGCCAAAGCAGUGGAGACAAACCAUAGAAAGGAGGAGGGACACUCUGUCCAUCAAGGAAGUACGGGAAGAUGACAUUGGGAAUUACACCUGCGAAUUACAGUUUGGAAACUUUUUGGUACGGAGGACGACAGAGCUAUCCGUCACAGCUCCCCUGACAGACAAGCCGCCAAAAAUCCUUUUCCCCUCGGAGAGCCAAAUGAGCGUCAUAGAAAUGGCAAUAGGAAAUCCUGUGAACCUGACGUGCAGAGCGUUCUUCGGAUACAGUGGAGACGUCAGUCCUCUUAUCUACUGGAUGAAGGGGGAGAAGUUUAUAGAGGAUCUGGAUGAGGAGCGCGUUCAGGAGACUGACAUCAAGACAAUCCGGGAGCACCUGGGGGAGCAGGAGGUCUCCAUCUCCCUGACCAUUGACUCCCUGGAGGAGAGCGACCUUGGUAACUACUCCUGCUACGUGGAGAACGGCAACGGGCGGCGACAGGCCAACAUCCAGCUCACCAAGAAAGCUGAGCUGAUGUACACGGUGGAGCUGGCCGGAGGUCUGGGAGCCAUCCUGAUGCUGCUCAUCUGUCUGGUGACGCUGUACAAGUGCUACAGGAUUGAGCUCAUGCUCUUCUACAGGAACCACUUUGGCAGCGAGGAUAUAGAUGGAGAUAACAAGGACUAUGACGCUUACCUGUCCUACACCAAAGUGGACCCGGACCAGUGGAGCCAGGAGACCCGAGAGGAGGAGCGCUUUGCCCUGGAGAUCCUCCCCGACGUGCUGGAGAAGCAUUAUGGGUAUAAACUCUUCAUUCCAGACAGGGACUUGAUCCCCACAGGAACGUACAUCGAGGACGUAGCGCGCUGCGUGGACCAGAGCAAGCGGCUCAUCAUCGUGAUGACGCCCAGCUAUGUGGUGCGGAGGGGGUGGAGUAUCUUUGAGCUGGAGACGAGGCUGCGCAACAUGCUGGUGACCGGCGAGAUCAAGGUCAUCCUGAUCGAGUGCGCCGAGCUGCGCGGCAUCAUGAACUACCAGGAAGUGGAGGCCCUCAAACACACCAUCAAGAUGCUGACGGUCAUCAAGUGGCGCGGGCCGUCCAGCAACAAGCUCAACUCCAAAUUCUGGAAGCAGCUGCUCUACGAGAUGCCCUUCAAGCGCAUGGAGCCCCUCAGCAUCUCCCACGAGCAGGUGCUGGACGUCAGCGAGCAGGGCCCCUUCGGUGAGCUCCAGACCGUCUCGGCCAUCUCCAUGGCGGCGGCCACCUCCACCGCGAUGGCGACGGCACACCCGGACUUGCGCUCCACCUUCCACAACUCUUGCCACACCCAGAUGAGGCAGAAACACUAUUACCGUAGCUACGACUACGACCUGCCGCCCGGCGGGACGCUACCGCCACUCCCGCCGCUCUCCACGCUAGGCAGCCAGCACACCUACUGCAACAUCCCCAUGACGCUCAUCAACGGACAGCGGCCGCAGUCCAAGUCGCCGCGCCAGCAGAGUCUGGAGGAGGCCCACGGGAACAACGCCAUGCUGCCGCUGCUGCCCAGAGAGACCAGUAUAUCCAGCGUCAUCUGGUGACAGAGACAGAGCCGAGCGGGGUAGACUGUGGAUCUAUAUGAUGUCCGUCACAGGGAGGACUCACCACUGGAACUCUGGACCCUGAAUGCACCGGAGCCAUGUGGACCUGACUGGCACUAAGCUACUUGCUGCUGUUGAAUUUGCACCAGGAAACAUCAGGGGGGACUGGAGAGAGGAGACACACUGGACACAUCGGGGACAGAGCUGGUGGCAGUUUUUCUUUUGUUUUUGUUUUGGUCCAAUAAGAGCUUUUAUUGAAACUGAACGACAAAAAAAGAAACAAGGAGAACUUUUGUAUGCCUGUAUAAACACUCACGUAACACAAGCCAACACCUACGAUCAUUUACCCAGAAAGUCAAGGAAUACAGGGUCCUGUACAUACGUUUUUCUAAUUCUUUGUAGCAUCAGUGUUUGGGACUUCUUAUGUUUUACCAUCAGCUGGGACUUUUUUUUUUUUCGUUCGUUUUGUUUUAGUUUGUAUAAAAGUGAAGCAAUGGCCUGUGAGAUGUUUUGGAUAAACCGUUGUUACCUUUAUCUUAAUUUGUUGGCUGGUGUAGUUUAUAAAGCUUUGGGAUUUUUUCGGGGAGGGUGCAGGGGGGGUUGGAGAGCGGCAGCCUUCGGGAGAUGAGAACGAUUUGGUUUUGGAUUUCCAGGAGUUUCUGCUCCACCGGCUGCUGUCAAGGGUUGGAAAUCUGGACUCAACCAGAAUAUGCAAAAUAUGGAGUCCAGAGAGCAGGGAAGAGAUGGGUUUCACAAAUCAUAUUCGAACGCUUUGGGAAAAGUCAUAUCUGUGGAUGAGGAUAUGAAGAACAUGGUGCUAGGCUUCACAUCUCUCUGUUUCUCUCACGAUAACAUUUACUUUAAAAAAAAAAAAAAACAGCCUUGCUAUUUACCUUAACAGAUGAUUAUAUCACCGAAAAAUUAAUUAUGUGUAUUAUUUUAUGAAAAAAGAAAAGUAUAUUUUUGUAACUGAGGGAUAUUUGCUUAGAGAUGUUAUACCUAUAAAGUUUCUGGUGGAAGGAUUUGGGGGAAACUAAAUAAAAAAAAGAGCAAUGUUUUGUUAUGUGGAACUGCACAGCUCACGAAAAUCAAUAGGUCAUUCACUAAAUGUCUUACUCUUAUAUUGCAAGAGAAAAAAAACAGUUUGUUUGUUGUUUUCAUCAUUAAAAAGAGGAGUUUUGACAUUUCAAGCAUACCACGGA